AUGGUUGAGACAAGACACGGCACUCAGACGACGAAUGCGCCAGGCAAGGCAGUGAGCAGCAAGCCUGAGACAGACAGAGACUCCAAGGACGGCACGACCAAGUCCAGUGGCGCGAAGGUCAAGAAUGAGCCAAGCGAGAAACCAAGCGAGAAGCCCAGCGACAAUGCCCGCGCCGGCGACAAGCACCAGCCGGCCGACCACAGCCAGUCGCCCAAAGACAGCCGCAAACGGCACAAGACGGCACACGAGCAGGGCGGGGCGGAUGCAGACGCAGACGCCGGCCCGGACGACAACGAGAAGGACAACGAGAACGCGCCCGCCAUUCUCGAAAAGGGCAACAUCUACUUUUUCUUCCGCGCCCGCGUCGACAUGGACGACCCCAGCAGCCUCGACGACGUCGCGCGCACGUACCUCGUCCUGCGGCCGCAGGCCAACGACGACACGGAUGGUGGUGGUGACGGCAAAGGCCACACGCGGCUGCUGGCGCUGCCCAAAAAGGUGCUGCCGCGCACCGGGCGCGACCGCUUUAUGGCGUUUGUGCUCGCGGCCGACGCGUCGUACGACAAGUUGCAAACGGAGUUUUUGUCCGGAAGCCGGGAUGGAAGCCGGGAGGGCGAUGGCGAUGGCGAUGGUGACAAGCAACGGCAUGUCCCGGCCGCCACAGCGUUUGGCGAGGGCAUCUACGCCAUCAUCAGCACCGGCCGCGAGAGCCACCUGGCCUACGUCCUGACGGUGCCCGAGACGCUCGGUGCCGUCCAGCAGCAGCUCGGCCUGGCCGCGAAGCAGGGCUGCUUCAUCGUGAGCACCAAGAAUCCGGCGUACCCGAUGCCAGGCGGCGGCUCGAUGGUCGGCGGCGGGCCAGACUAUCCGAAAGCCAUCAGCGAGUCCUUCCGGGCGCGGCGAUGGACGCCCCUUCGGCCCGAGCACCUCGACUACGUCCACAGCCAUGUGCUUCUCAUUGGCGAGAGCAAGGGCACGGACAGCAUCGUGAGCGACGAACACAGCGGCCGUGCGCUGUCGGCCGAGCUGGAGGAGCUGGCGGACGACGACCUCGACCGAAUGCGCCGUCUGGGCCGCACAGAAGCCGAGGCGGUGUUUGCCAGUCUCCACGCAAAAGGACAGGCCAAAGGCCAGCCGGAACUGUCCCAAGUUUUUGACUAA